GGCAGAGGAGAAGGAAGGGGCAGAGGAGAAGGAAGAGACAGAGGAGGAGGAGAUAGAGACCAAUAUAGAGACAAACAGCAACAGUGGUCCAGAACUCAACAGCAGCCACAACCAGGUCCGAGUGGAGACUCAAGAAGCCGUGAAGAGCAGUUCCCAAUUCUAGGUGCUGGACACAAAGGUUCGAGAGAUGGGCAACAUCAGAUCUCUGAUCAAGGUCCUGGUAGUUCAGGACAGUUGGUCACCAGCUUUUCGCAAAUGAUUGUCUCUCCGACAGUAACCACAGAAGGAAACGGAAAGAAGUUUACAAUACCUGAAAGGAAAAUUGUUGAGUCAAGAUUCAAAAAAAGAAUCCCAAUUGAAGUCAAUCACUUGCUCAUCACACUUAAGAAAACCAAAGUGGCAAUUCAUUAUGAUUGCAGUUUCAGUCCUGAAAAACUGUCAAAGAAGUUGUUAAGGGAGAUUAUGGGUAAAAUUCAAGCUAAGCACUACAGCAACCGCUUUCCAGCUUUUGAUGGGAAGAAAAAUUUGUACUCUAGUGGAGAAAGACCUUUAUUCACUGGUGAUGAGCUAGCUGAUACUGUGGAGCUGCCUCGUGAUGGUCAAGACGGGAUGUUGGCAGUUCAGGUGACAGUCAAACAAGUCGCAGUCAUUGAUAUGUCAGAGGUCACUCGGUUUUUGACCAAACGCAUGGAUUUGCCUCAAGCUGCCCUCCAGGUGUUGGACAUUGUAUUGAGAAACCCUUCAGCAAUGAGACCAGUGUGUGUCCCAGUCGGAAAGUCAUUUUUUACACCUCCUCCACGUCCAGACAUGACAACACCACUUGGGAAUGGAUAUGAACUUUGGUAUGGAUUCUUCCAGAGUGCCGUCUUAGGUUGGCAACCGUAUCUUAAUGUGGAUGUUGCUCACAAAGGGUUCCCAGAGGCUAAACCACUAACAGAGGUAAUUUUGGAAAUUAAGGGAAGAAGGAUUCGAGGAGAUAUAAAACCAACAUCUGAACUCCUGAAACAAGGGCUCACAGGAUAUGAAGCUGAGGACUUUGAGAAGUCUAUAAAGGGCUUGAGGAUCAGAUAUGAAAUCCCCACAGUGUCUGGUCACAGAUACUUCAAAGUAAAUGGUAUCAAAAAAGAUUCAUGUCGCAAGCACAGUUUCACUGUUAAUGGCAAAAGGAUUACUGUAGAAGAGUAUUUUAGGACACAGAAAAAAUACACUUUGAAAUAUCCGGAUCUUCCCUGCAUACACGUAGGAAACCCAUCAAAAGACAUCUGUCUACCACCAGAGCUGUGCACGAUUACUCCUGGACAAGUUGUUACAAAGAAAUUGGACAAAUUCCAGACAUCAAAAAUGAUCAAAGAAGCUGCAAAGCCUCCAAGUGAGAGAAAGCAGAGGAUCAUGAGCGCUAUGAGGUUUGCAAACUUCAAUCAAGAUCCUUGUAUUCAAGAGUUUGGAGUAAAUGUCGAAAGUGAAUUUACUAAAGUUUCUGCUAAAGUCAUCGACUCUCCGAUUCUUGUUUAUAACAAGUCUGAGAUCAAAGUUGAAAAUGGAAUGUGGCGAGCUGAAGAGUUCAUUUCGUCCAAAACACUAGAGAGAUGGGUUGUUGUAAGUGCUUCUCCAGACAUCCAUAAAGGGGAUCUCAGGCGAAUUGCAGAGAAAAUGAUAAGUGUGGGAUCCAAUAAUGGAAUGAAGAUCAGUGAGCCAUUACAUAUUGACGAACAGCAGAUGAACCGUCUCUAUGAGAACUUCCGGUUCUACGAACAAAAGAAAGUACAGUUGGCUGUGGUUGUAGUACCUGAGCGGCAAAGUGAUGCAUACAAUCAAAUAAAGAUACUAGCAGAGUUGGAGGUUGGCCUGCUGACCCAGUGCAUCAAGGAUGUGACUGUAAAAAGACGUCUGGACAAUGCCACGAUAGGAAACUUGCUCCUCAAGAUCAAUGCUAAAUUGAAUGGCACCAAUCAUUCAUUUACUGAAAACUGUUCAGUAGCUAAACUUUGUAAAGGAGUUAUGCUGUUGGGGGCAGAUGUUACACACCCAUCCCCUGACCAGAUGAAUAUCCCAUCUGUAGCUGCCGUUACAGCAAGUCAUGACAGAAGGGCAUUUCAGUACAGUAUGUGCUGGCGUCUCCAGCCCCCAAACCAAGAGGUCAUCUUAGAUCUAAGGGCUAUUGUCAGGAAAAAGAUUCGUUUCUAUACAAAGAAGAAUGGAGAACCACCAACAAGGUUAAUCUUUUACAGAGAUGGUGUCAGCGAGGGCUUUUUUAACAAGGUUCUUAAUGAAGAGGUGUCUGCCAUCAAGUGGGCUUGCAUAGAAGAAUUACAGAAAGAACUUCCACUGACUUUUCUGGUUGUUCAAAAACGACAUCACACGAGGUUCUUUCCAACCAGGAAAGCGGACAUGGACCGAAAAGGAAAUGUUCCUCCAGGCACCGUUGUGGAUACUGACAUCACACAUCCUAGAGAAACGAACUUCUACAUAGUUAGCCAUGCCAGCUUACAGGGAACAAGCCGGCCCACCAAGUACCACAAACUGUGGGACGAUAACAACAUAAGCGAUGAUGACUUGGAAGAGUUGACAUACUACUUAUGUCACUUGUUCUCUCGCUGCACUCGCUCUGUCAGUUAUCCAGCUCCCACCUACUAUGCCCACUUGGCAGCUGCUCGGGGCAGAGCCUAUUUAGGAAGGGACAAAAUCAACAUUGAACAUCUACCUGAGGAGAUGAUGAAACGGACAGUGCAGGACUCCAUUGACAUUGACUCACCAAUGUUCUUUAUCUAGCUUGAGCAAGAGAUAUUCCUGCAAUUGUUAGAUACAAACAUAAAUAAAUAUAAAAAUAGUCUUAGGUUAAUGGUGUUGGUUUAGUCAUAAGUUAGGUUACCCCUAGUAGAGGCAGUCAUUUUACUUUAAAAUGGUGGGCUUUUAUGGAGUAUUGUGUAAGGGUUUAUGUAACUAUAAAAUAAUAAUUACCAUGCGUAUUAAGAUAUGUUAUAAAUAAUUUUUUUAGUUAUAAUUUUUAUAUUGAUUAUAAAUUGUUUGAGCUCAGAAAUUGAAGUUUCCAACGUUGCCUUAAUCUUGUUGAUACAAUGAUUUUUUUACCAUAGCAAAUAAAUUGCAUAAAUGCGAUAGCUGCCAUUCAUAUUUAGUCUGUUGAAGUAAGUGUAAGCAAUGCUGCCACUACUAGGGUUAAUAUAUAUUAUAGGGUUAUUAUUCAUUACUUAAAUGAUUUUAUUUGUUUUGGUUUGGGUUUUAGUGGUAAAGUUUUAUGAUAUUAAGUUAGACUCUUGCAGAAAAUUCAAAAAUGCUUCAUAUUUUAAAAUUUAUAAAGCUGUAGUUUUCAAUAAUAGAACUACUUUUGUAAUAAUCUUUAUUGCUUUUUUAUUAUAUUUAUACUUAUAUGAUGAGUACCUAACGUAGGUUUGUCACCAAUUGACCUCUUUAUGAAUACUACAUAAAAAUAUUUGAUCUAUUGUUUGUUUGUUUUAUGUCUUAUAUAUAUAUUCUUUUUAAUUCAUACAUUUGUUUUACACUUAAGUUAGAAAUGAAAUCAUACUUUAAACAUGCUAAUUUGUUUGUUUAUUAAUGUUAGUUUUAAUUGCAGAAAAUUGAUAUAACAUUGAUAUUUCAACUUCUUUAUUUAUACUACUUUUUUCUUAUACUUACCACUCCAUAUAAAUCAUAUGAUUUGUUAAUUAUCAUUUUAAUGCUGUUCUUUUGAUUAAAUUAUUAAAAUAAAAA